UUGCUGAUCAUGAGGGGGCUUCUAGUAUUUGGUGUUCUUUUGGCAGCUGCCUUCAGCCAAAAGCUGUUUGUGGGAGAUCAAGUUCUCCGCAUCAGGGCCACCACCGAAGGGCAGAUCGCAUUACUCAGGGAACUAGGGGACUUGGAAGACCUGCAGAUUGACUAUUGGCUUAGCCCGGCCAAGCCUGGUCUCCCCGUGGAUAUGAGAGUCCCCUUCCAUAGCCUCCAAGCAGUCAAAGUCUUCCUGGAGUCCAACGCCAUUCCGUACACAAUCAUGGUAGAUGACGUUCAGGAAUUACUGGAGGACGAAAAAGAGGCCAUGAUGGCAUCCAGGAAGUUUGAGAGAAGCAGCAACAGCUUUAAUUUCGCCUCCUACCACACCAUCGAGGAGAUCUACAGCUGGAUGGACAAUCUUGUGGCUGAAAAUCCAGACCUGGUUAGCAAAAUUCAGAUUGGGCAGAGCUAUGAAAAGUGACCUCUUUAUGUGCUAAAGUUCAGCACAGGCGGAGUUAACCGUCCUGCAAUCUGGAUUGAUACGGGCAUUCACUCUCGAGAGUGGAUCACCCAGGCGACUGGCGUGUGGACUGCCAACCAGAUAGCCAGUGAAUAUGGCCGGGAUGACUCUCUGACCGCCAUCCUGGACACAGUCGACAUCUUCUUUGAGAUAGUCACCAAUCCCGACGGGUUUGCUUAUACUCACAGUGCAAACCGCAUGUGGCGGAAGACCAGGUCUAUCUAUGCUGGAUCCUCCUGCCCUGGCGUGGACCCCAACAGGAACUGGGAUGCAGGCUUUGGAGGCCCGGGUUCCAGUAGCAAUCCAUGUUCCAGUACGUACCACGGACCCUACCCUCACUCUGAGAGCGAAGUGAAAUCCAUCGUGGACUUCGUCCUGAGCCACGGCAAUGUGAAAGCCUUGCUCUCCAUCCACAGCUACUCCCAGAUGCUACUGUUCCCUUAUGGCUACAAGCCAGAGCCUGCGCCUGACCAUCAGGAACUGAACGAGCUAGCUAGCCAGGCAGUGGCGGCCUUAGCGGCGUUACACGGGACGCAGUACACCUAUGGGAGCACGAUCGACACCAUUUACCGCGCGGAUGGCACCACGAUCGACUGGAGCUAUGACAACGGGGUCAAGUACUCCUACACUUUCGAGCUGCGGGACACCGGGCACUAUGGCUUCCUCCUUCCAGCCAGCCAGAUCAUCCCGACAGCGGAAGAAACGUGGCUGGCGCUAAUGAAGAUCAUGGAGCACGUUCGGGAUAAUCUCUAUUAAUCCAACACAGCAUCAGCAACAGCGGCAGAGGCCUGGUGGUUAAGCCAAUGCCUAGGGGCCAGCAUCACGCUUAAUAAAGG